AUGCUGAUGAUGAUCUCAUAUAAUAAAUUUAUUUUAGAUCCUGCCUAUCUAUCAAGACUUGGUUCACCUCUUUAUAUGACACUUUAAAUAUUGGAAGCUUAACCUUUUACAGCAAAAUGUGAUGUUUGGUCUGUUGGAUUAAUGUUUUAUGAACUUUUUUGUGGUUGAACACCAUGGGCUGUAUUAAAUUUAGCCUUUUAAAUUCCUACACAAACCUUUUAGAUCAUAAAAGUUAAGGAACUAAUAACAUUGAUAUUAAGAGUUUAAUAAAAGAUUGAAUUUCUUUGGAAGGAAUUUUUGAAGAUCAAACAAUAAAGAUAGAUGAAGGAACAAUUAAAGAAAUAUAUUAAAAGAUAAACGUAUUGAAUUCUUAUGAUAUAUUAUUUUGUAGAUGAAAUAGCUAAAUCAAUUAGUUAAAAUAAACUAUAUAUUUAUUAAAAUAUAGUUGUUGUUGGAUGCUCGGCCAAGAAUCUAAUUAAUACACUAAAAAAUUCAAAUCAAUAUAUCUUAGAUGCUUCAUAAGAAAUUAGAUGAUAAAUUGA